UUUUUUUUUUUUUGUAAAACGCACUUGAUCGCGUACAACUCGUUCCCGUGCUCAUCGGCAACGGCACUGCCGGUCGUGUGUCGCAAUGCGAGCGUGCGUCACGUUCCGCGCACCGUGCUCGCUUUGAUCGGGUGAUUUGUAUUCCUGUCCCAGUGAAAGUGGACGCACGGGCGCCGCAUUCGAAGAUGACACGUUCGUCCGAUAACGUGUCGAGAAACAUGCUUUUCGCCGCCGUCUCCGUUGGUCGCUCGACGUUUCGAACGCGACGCUAACCCGCUGAACGUGCGCGGUACCGCUUGUCCGCCCACCCAUCGUCGCUCUCUGGUACUCCGUCUUCGUUCGCGCUCCUCUUUCCAUGCGUCGCAGGCGAACCGACCUAUAGCGCACGCCUCGCCAUGGACUGCGGAUCGACGCUGUACUCUCAUCGUAACAACGGUCUCAUGACCCGGUCGCUGGAGAAACUUCUCGAAGAUGCCCAUCUGUGCGGUGAACUGAAACUCGGUGGACGUAAACUAAAAGAAUUCCCUACAACGAAUAAAUACGAUUUGUCCGAUACGACUAUCGCAGAUCUCUCAAAAAAUUGCUUCACUCACUUUCCUACUGAAUUAAUUAAAUUCUGGUCAUUAGAAUCUCUCAAUCUUUACCACAACGCCAUACGAUCAAUACCAAACACAGUAACAUCCCUUCAAUCAUUGGUGUAUCUUGAUCUCAGUCGUAACUGGUUAACAUGUCUACCAUCAGCUAUAUGUCAGUUACCUCUUGAAAUACUACUUUUAUCCAACAAUAAACUCAAACAGUUACCUAAUGAAAUUGGAUUCUGUAAAACUCUCAUUGAAUUGGAUGUAAGCUGUAAUGUGCUUACUCAUUUACCACCACAACUGGGUCAACUAUCCUCUUUAAAAUGCUUAAAUGCACAAAACAAUUUACUAAUCGAGUUACCAUUAGAAUUAACACAUAUAAAAUUAGCAAGAUUAAAUGUCAGUUUAAACCGAAUUGCAUCUUUACCUGUUGAACUUCGAUUAAUGUCUAGUUUGGAGAGUUUGGAUGUGGCAAAUAACCCUUUGGUAUCUCCUCCGACAGCUGUUUGUAUUAAAGGUCGUGUUCAUAUAUUCAAAUGGUUGGAUGUGAAAAGUAUUAAAGAAGGCCGCAAUCGAGGAUCUUCAUGGAAAUUUAAUUCUCUUAAAAGCAAUAAUCACAGUUUAGAUAGUAAUAUGGACAGUUUAACUUUAUCUGAAACAACUAGUCUUGUUCAUUCUUCAGAUGAGGGUGCAAAUGGAAGUAUGGAAUAUUUAAAUAAGUCUGAUAGAAAGCAUAAAGAAACAAAUAGAUAUAGUAACAAUGCAAGUCCUGAAAUUUUACGUGUAAGUAAAAGUAAUGGUAGCAUGUCAACAAAUUUGAACAAAUACACAAGUAAUAAUAAUGGUAUAAAAUCAAAUGAUAAGCCAACUCAACAUACUCAAAGCUAUAGAGAAUACAAAGAGUUCCUUAAACAACAACGUACUCAAGAGUCUAUUUACAAAGGAAAACCUCUAAACAACGAUAAUAAUGUUGAUCAAAAGGAUAUCCGUCCAUAUAUUAAACCGACAACACCAGAAAUCACAUCUACUCCUGUCAAUAAUUUAUCAUUACCAAGGACACCAAACCCUAGUUCGAAUAUUUGGUCCAAGUGUAAUACACAAGUCGCUAAAAACAAACUACAGUUCACUAUGAAACGAGAGUACGAUAAAGCAAGAGAAGAAGCAGAACUUGUUAAACAAUUAAGAAAUACUAUUGAAUCACGUUUAAAAAUGUCUCUUCCAAGUGAACUAUCACCAGCUCUUAGUGAUGGUGUUGUGCUUUGUUACUUGGCUAAUCAUGUUAAACCUAGAUCUGUGGCAAGCAUUCAUGUACCUUCACCAGCUGUGCCCAAACUUACAAUGGCUCGGUGUAGACGAAAUGUUGAUAACUUUUUGGAAGCAUGUCGUAAGAUUGGUGUUAAUGAGAAACUAAUUUGUUGUGCCGUCGAUAUUCUGGAAGGAAAAGGCAUUGUUCAAGUAGCCAUUACAGUAGCAGAGCUUUUGAAAUUUCAUACACCAAAAUCUCCAUCACAAACUGUACAUGUGCCAUCACUUUUAAAUGUAUAAACUAAUAUUUUUAAAUAAUUCAUUUACGGAAACAAUCUAUGAACAAAUAAUAAUAAUUGACUGAUUGAUAAGCUCACUAAUGAAAUGCUAUUGUAGCAUUGAAGACUGUUUUAUUUCUCUUGUUAAGAAUAUAAAAUUACCUCAAGAAUUUCAUAAAGAGGCUGAGUUAAUUUUAUAUAUUUUUUUAAUCAAAACGAAAUUUAUUAAAUGAAAUUUGUGUGUACCUACUACUUAAAAUUUACUACUGUAUUUUUAUUAUUUAGUUGUCAUUUUUACUGUCUAUAAAUACUAUUAUUAUUAUUUAUUUUAAACUUCCUAUAUAGCCUGUGUUAACAAAGUUUCGCCAUUCCUAAAUAUAUUGGCUGUACUUUAAUUUUAGUAAACUUGUUUUGCUUUUAUACUUUUAAUUUAAAUU